UUAAAGAUUUGUCUUUCCCAGGCAUAUCAAUUAAAUUUUAUCAUUAUUUGUAAAGCAGCAGAACUGAAAACCUUUAAGGACUCAGAAAUUGAUUCUGGCGACGGGUCCGGUCGUGUCGUGGGUGGUUCAGAUGCGCCAGACGGUGCUGCUCCGUACCAAAUAUCUCUGCAGCUAACAAAGUACAACAACUUUCAUACCUGUGGAGGUGCCAUAAUUGCUGAUAGAUGGGUCCUCACUGCUGCGCAUUGUCUCAAAAAUAUAUCUCCAAGUGAUAUGGUCAUUUUGGCGGGAACCAACUCAAUCACUAAGGGAGGCACUAGAUACAAAAUUGACAGAAUCUUAAUACAUCCAAAAUACACCUUGGAACCCAUUAAGAAUGAUAUUGCUUUGUUGAGAACUGCUGAGAAGAUUACAUUCACAAACAAAGUUAAAGCCAUUGAAGUAGCAACCGAGGAUCCUAAACCAGGACAAAAGUGUAAAUUAGCUGGAUGGGGAUUCACUACCCAAAACAAGAGGAACAGUCCUGACAAAUUACAAAUGUUGGACGUGAAAGUUUUAACGGAGAAAGAAUGAAAAACUGAUUAUUUGCGACGCUUUGAUAAGACUAACCCUAUUACUUCUAACCACAUCUGUACUUAUAACAUGGUCAAAGAAGGUGCUUGUCAAGGUGAUUCUGGUGCAUCAUUAGUGUGCAACAAUAACACAACUUGUGGUGUUUUCUCCUGGAACAUUCCGUGUGCAAGAGGCCAACCUGAUGUCUAUGCGAGAACCAGCAAAUAUGCCACUUGGGUUAUGGAAACCAUGGAAGCUAAUAAGCCUUAACUAUCCCUAUGGCGAUGGCAGAACUACAGAAUACAGAAUACUUGCAUUUCUUUAAUUAAUAAAGAUAACAAAGGCCAAAUUGUUAUUUUUUAUUUAAUUGAUUUCUUACGUUACAUAGGCUAGUGGUUUUCGUUUGGAUAUAGCGAAAACCUUCGAUCGGGUGUGGCAUAGUUUAAUCAUAAUUACCUUCUAUGUAUGUAUAUGUGAGAGAAGAAAUAAA